CAUCCUCGAGCUCUUCCCCGAGCCGCUCAGACAAGCAGCACGCGCGCUCCUGUCCACCUCCGUCCCCUAGCUGUCCCAGACCGGUGCCUCUGUCUGUCCUCUUGUCUCUGCCGGACUAAACACACAGACACUUUUUUCCCGCUGCCCGCUGAGAGAAGACAACCACAGCAAACAUGGAGGCCAUCAAGAAGAAGAUGCAGAUGCUGAAGCUGGAUAAGGAGAACGCCAUCGACCGGGCAGAGCAAGCUGAGGGGGACAAGAAGGGAGCAGAGGACAAAUGCAAACAGCUGGAGGAGGAGCUGCUUGGUCUGCAGAAGAAGCUGAAAGGAGUGGAGGAUGAGCUCGACAAAUACUCGGAGUCGUUGAAGGAUGCCCAGGAGAAGCUGGAGCAGGCGGAGAAAAAAGCAACAGAUGCUGAGGCAGAAGUGGCAUCUCUGAACAGGCGUAUCCAGCUGGUGGAGGAGGAGUUGGACAGAGCUCAGGAGAGACUGGCUACCGCUCUGCAGAAGCUGGAGGAGGCUGAGAAGGCUGCAGACGAGAGCGAGAGAGGAAUGAAGGUCAUAGAGAACAGGGCGUCAAAAGACGAGGAGAAGAUGGAGAUCCAGGAGAUGCAACUGAAGGAGGCCAAACACAUCGCUGAGGAGGCCGACCGCAAAUAUGAAGAGGUUGCACGUAAACUGGUGAUCCUUGAGGGUGACCUGGAGCGUUCAGAGGAGCGCGCUGAGGUGGCUGAGGCGCGAGUGAGGGAGCUGGAGGAGGAGCUCAGACUAAUGGACCAGAAUUUGAAGUCCAUGAUGUGCGGAGAGGACGAGUACACACAAAAGGAGGACAAAUACGAAGAAGAAAUUAAAGUUCUUAGUGACAAACUGAAAGAGGCGGAGACCCGUGCCGAGUUUGCCGAGAGAUCUGUGGCCAAGCUGGAGAAGACCAUUGAUGAUUUGGAAGAUGAAGUGUAUGCUCAGAAGCUGAAGGGCAAGGCUCUCAGUGAGGAGCUGGACCUGGCCCUCAACGACAUGACUACACUGUAGCGCCUCUCUUACUUCCUCUUUGCUCCUCCUUCCUGUCUGAACUCUUCUCCGCCUGCUUGCUGUUGUUUUGUUCCAUUCCACAGUGGUAUCAGGGGCUGGAAGAUUCUAGAAAUGCAAUGUGCCAAAUCCACCCACCCCUUCAGUAAUCUGUAGCUGUGUUACACAGCACUAGUCUUUGUACAGAGGGUUAAGUUAUUGCUCACCCAGUCACUGCUGUAUGUCUGCAGGUUCACUGAGUUAAUGUCUUCUCUUUAUUGAAUACCUCCCCCACCACCCCCCACCCUCUGUAAUAAAUGUAUUAAAGCUCUCUUGACUUUUCUGUCUCCUGCCA